GAUGGAUCUCCGGUGGGACCCCUGACGCAGCAGUAGAGAUUGGCACCGCCCAGUACACAGGACCACACAGUCAUGCUGCUGGUCAUUGAAUUAGUCAGAAAUCUGUGUUGCUGCAGUGACCGUCGGCAGGAUCUGUCUCCUUUCACCGAGUUCCAAGGAUGAGAAACAUCAGAGCAAAAACUUUAUUGCUGGCAGUAGCUCUUGGUCUGUUGGUCCUCCAUCUCUGUAAAGAUUUUAUUGACCGUAAAACCAUCCGCCUUCAUGAAGAUGUGAGAGUGAGUAACAGUCACAUAAGACAACGCACUAAAAACAGCUCUUACGUGUUCUCCUGGCCAAGAUGUCAACAGAAUCUGGCUGCUGCCAAUGUCACAGGCUUCGGCUCGCUUCCUGGUAACAUAAAAGACUUUCUCUACUACCGACACUGUCGCCAUUUCCCCAUGCUGCUGGACCUUCCUGACAAAUGUGGAGGAGCUGAUAGAUCAGGGGAAGUCUUUCUCCUGCUUGUCAUUAAAAGCUCACCUGGGAACUACGACCGCAGAGAGGUGCUGCGCAAAACCUGGGCCAAAGAGAGGCGACAGGAUGGCGCGUGGAUCCGAAGGAUCUUCAUCUCAGGAACGACGGCUUCUGGUUUUGAGAAAACGAGACUGAACAAACUUCUGGAGAUGGAGCAGCGUGAGCACAGUGACAUCCUCCAGUGGGACUUCAGUGACACGUUCUACAACCUCACCUUGAAGCAGAUACUCUUCCUGGAGUGGAUGGAAAGGAACUGUCCCAACGCUCGCUUCCUGCUAAAUGGUGAUGACGACGUCUUUGCUAACACAGACAACAUGGUCGAGUAUCUUCAAGGCCUCAAGGACAAUGAUGGAAGCAAGCACCUCUUCACCGGCCAUCUGAUCCAGAAUGUUGGGCCCAUUAGAUCAUCAGGGAGCAAGUAUUUUAUCCCAGUUCAGGUACAGGAAUCAAACUCAUAUCCCCCUUACUGUGGUGGUGGGGGCUUCCUCUUGUCUGGCUAUACAGCUUUGGUCAUAUACAAAAUGUCCCACUCCAUUCCUAUUCUUCCCAUUGAUGAUGUUUACAUGGGGAUGUGUCUGGCCAAGGCAGGACUUGGUCCUUCUUCCCACAUGGGUGUGAAGACAGCAGGACUGUACAUUCCCUCCAGCACACUUGAUGGAUAUGACCCUUGCUUUUAUAAAGAAGUUUUAUUGGUACAUAGAUUCCUGUCAGCCCACAUGUAUUUUAUGUGGCACAGAGUACACGAUCCUAAUCUGAUAUGUGGUUCCUCCCAGAAAAGGCUUUAGCAACACCCAGCUGUAACUAACAGGUGGUGACAGAGCUCAAUGGUACUUUGCUUUGCUUUCCCAUUAUAGGCUGUGUGCGCAAAUCAUUGUGGGCGAGCAGUCAGCCAGGCACAAAUGGGCAUGGAAGUACACAUACUCUUAUCGAUGAGCAGCUUUCACUGGAAUGAAGGGCUGACAUGUUUGUUUCCUUCAGCUGCUAUUUUCUUGACUAAAUCUGGGGUUGCAAAAUUUGCUUUGUAUCAAACUUCAAGGUUUUUCUGAGCUGACAGAUCCACAGCACUGACAAAUGAUUACCUAUACAUAUCAUAUUUCAUGGCUAUGGUGUUAUGAAAUGAUUUCUUACUUACCCAUCCAGCAGACAUGCAACAUUGUUAUCCUAUUUCUAACAAAUGUCCAGUAUUCACUUCACCUUUAAUUACUCUAGUUGGACUCCAUCAACUCUAUUAAGUUUGCCGUUAGCUCGCCAAAUGCUACACUUUUCUUUGGUGUUUGUUGCUGUGCAGGUACCACACAGUUGUUUGUUAGAGCUUGAUUGCUCAAAACAGCUGCUGACUGCUGUGUUGAUGAGAGCCAUGAGAUUCAAACAUACAGAACAUUUUCAGGCCAGGGAAUGUAAAACACCAAAACAUGUAGCCAUCAAGUGCAAAUAAGACCCUUUUACACGGUUCUCACUUAAAAAUGUGUCAGCUGAAAACAUUUAGGAGCCAGUGGUGACGGGGUUUUGAAACAACUCAUGGAUCUAACGGGAGCUUAAUUAUCUGGAAAAACAGCCAACAGUGUAUUGACUGAACAAGAAUUUCAACAUUUGAAACUGAAAUUGAAAACGAGCGUUUUAGCGUUUUCGGGAAUAUUACUUCCUCUAUAUUCUGAGGUCACCCUGCUGUAACCUCAGAAUAACUGAUCACAGGUGAAUGUGGCUGAUUAGACCUCUGCUCAGGUGUCGUUGGACAGAACAGCAUGUGAACUGUAAAUAUCACCCAUUGGUGUGCAGGCCUUUGAGUUACUGGUUUCCUGUGGACACACAGUCCAGUCGUACGUUGGUAAAGUUUCUGGCAGAGUAUUUGCUGAUGACCACAGAUCGUGUCAGUGUAUCUGUGGGUAGAUUCUCCCUUUAUUGAUGACUGUAUUUGGGAGAGUGUGUUUUGUGUAUUACAUAUUUAUAGAAUUGCUCUCAGCUUGGCAUUGUGAUUGUGUUGUGAGUAGGGCUGGGUAUUGAUUCAAAAUACAUUCUGACUGCUGACUCAUGUCCACAGCAUGUCUUGAUCAAUCAAUCAAUAACUAGAAAUUAUAAAACUAUGUAUACUGUAUUUAGGUAAGCGUGUUGUACAGCCUGUACACUGGUAUAGUGACGGUUUGAUCAAUACCCAGCUUCAGGUGUGAAUGGUGCAGGGCUAUAAUGGGGUGUCUGCAAUCUUACAGAAAGUAUCAUUCAAAAGUAAUUCCUCAGGGUUUCUUAAAACUAAUGAUGUAAACUGAUGUAAAGUUGCUUAAUUUUAAGUUAAUAUGUUCUAUUAAUAUUAAUAUUUGUAUUUAAUUUUUUAAAUAAUGAAUUUUUGUUGUAUAGCCUAUACAUUUGUUUAAGAACAAUAUUUUCAGAAAGACAUUCAUGUAUGUUUUUGUGCCUUAUAUCAGUACUCCUCAACCAGAUACCACUUUAAGAAUUGUAAGAAUAUGAUUUGGAGGACUGAAAGCGUUUAUGUACUGUCAAAUAGUCAUUAAAAGGGGUCUCCAGUAAGAAUUUCUAUGUAUGAUUACUGUAUGCUUUCAGGACUCUGGAAGUUGAAAAAAGUGAUUGCCUUGUGUUUUUUUUAAUGUACUGUGUAGAUCCCCAGAAUGUCCAUAUAUUUUCUUUUCAUGCUAGAAGUUAUAUAUUGUUAUUUUAUAAUUACUGGCUUUGAGAUGAAAUUGUGUGUUGCAUAUAUAAACAUGUGUUUAAUAUAAACCAAAGAUUAAAUAUUGUUGUCCUUGU